CCGCCGCUGCACCACUCACCACACACAAAGUCUUUUUUAUUUUAUUUUCCCUCUUCCCUUCCCUUAUUUCCCCUGCCUUCCACCUGCUACUACCACUAUCCUCCACUUAUCCACACCCACCCACACCCUCCUCGCCUUUCUGGUUUUAUCUCCCCUAUCUCUCUCUGCCGGAGCUUCCAGACCUGAACAUCGUCACACAAUCAUAACACCUGGCCUUCUCUCGUCCUACAAACACCUCUCGCACCCUUUUUUUUAUCCCAACAUCUUCUCCAAGCUUCAGCUUCUGCCUCUGCUACUCGCUGCUUCCUGCCCCGAAACCAAAAACACCCCUCUAUAACCCUUCCUCCCCCACGCAGGCUCCGAUUUCUUGAAACGCUCCUAGCUUCCAAGUAGGUACCGGCAUCACACGACACCAAUUCCCACCGACCGCCAACUCUCCCCAAACACACGCACCAACACACAUCGCAGCAAAAGCUUCGUCGCCAUCUUCCACGAUGUCUGACUUCCCGGACGCGCCCACCACGGCUCCCUCUGCCAACGGCAACAGCUACAUCCAGGCCACCAAGGACAGUAAGGUACGUCGUUGCUGCCCAGUCCAGAGAUCCCGCGACUUCCGCGUCACAGAUCUUGCUUCCUCAGGGACCAUCCGGCUAAUGUGUGCAAACGCUGCCGCUGCCUACCAGCAGGUCUCUAACGGUCCCGUCGCUCAGAGUGUUAAGGACCAGUCCGCAAAGACUACCGCCGAGCUCGGCAACCUUGCCGCCGCUCGCAGAACGCCCUCCAACCCCGCUGCCACUGGCCAGCCGUUGACGCACUACCACUCCUUCUUCUCGGAGCUUAUCUCGUGGAACAACCCUCGUGCUUCGGCUAUCGCCUACAGCUCCAUCGUCGCCCUCAUCUUCGCUGCCCGCUACCUCGAUGUUUUGCGAUACAGCUUGAAGCUCACCUGGAUGGUGCUUGGCACCACCGUCCUUGCAGAGCUUGCCGGCAAGCUCGUCCUCAGCAACGGCCUCGCUACCCAGCUUCGCCCCAGACGUUACUUCGUCAUCUCCAGAGAGACGCUCGAUGCCGCCAUAGGAGACGUCCACGAGCUCGUCAACUUUUUCGUCAUUGAGGCUCAGCGCAUCAUCUUCGCUGAGAACGUUGGUGUUUCUGCUGCUGCUUUCAUCGGCUCCUUCAUCGCCUACUACCUCGUCAAGAUCGUUCCCUUCUGGGGCCUUUCCUUGAUCGCCACUACUGCUCUCUUCAUGAUCCCCCUCCUGUACACCUCCAACCAGGAACUCAUUGACGCCCAGCUCAACCGCGCCGGCGAGAUCAUCACCCAACAGACGAACCAGUUCCGCACCGUCGCCGGCAAGCACACCGCCGAGGCCACCAACAUCACCAAGCAGUACAUGGGUGACUACACUGCCAAGGCUCAGCAGCUCCUCGGCCGCCGCUCCGCCUCUCCCGAGGCCGCUCGCGCCCCCGCUCCUCCCUCCCAGGCUCCCGCCGACGUCCGCCCCUCCGUCGAGGAGCAGGACUUCCCUACUGCUCCCAAAUCCGACAUCCAGCCCGAGCCGGUUGUCCCGGAUGCCGAGGAGAAGACCCCCAUGGUCGCCUCCUAAACAUAUCGUUUGACUGGUUUUCUGAGUGUACACAGUUGAGCAGGCAUAUGACGUAUGUCUCUCGCUCGACGACAACGGAACGACUCAUGA